AUGCUAGCGCUACUUAUCCUUGUGCUGCUGAUCAACAAGAGCAGCAGUCAUUUUCUUCAUGAUUCUGGUGCAUCAGAGGACUCCUCCUCUUUCCCAUCAAUCAUUACACCUCGUCAUGUACGCAUUCAACAUACUGAUGUCACCACGCAUUCUGAUAUUGUCAUUGAUACUUACACGCCGCACUUCUCAUGGCAAUUAGGCGAUGAGUUUGAUGAUGAGGGUGAUUUGGUCAGAGGAGUGAAACAAGUAGGCUACCACAUUCUAGUACAUGCAGAUGUUAGUAACCAAGUUAUGUGGGAUAGUGGCUAUGUACACUCCUCAUCAUCUGCACAUAUAUUGUAUGCCGGUGCACUACUCACUUCUGAUACACGUUAUUCAGCCACUAUCAAAUAUUUCACUGUCCAACGUGAAAGUCAGUGGUACAAGGCACACUUUCGCACUGCACUCUUUUCCCUCACUGAUUGGUCAGGUGAAUGGAUUGGUAGUAAUGGUAUAAACAUGAAUCAAUUACGUACUGUCAUCAAUAUAUCGAACACAAUUCGUGCAGCCACCGCUUAUAUCAGUGGCAUAGGUUAUUAUCAAUUGUAUAUUGAAGGUCAACUGAUUGACAAGUCGCGACGAUUAGAUGUUGGCUGGACAACAUAUCAGCAACGUACCCUCUAUACCUCUUAUGAUCUGACUGAUGUCUUCAACGCAACCGGUCCGAUUGGCAUUGGUAUUGUCUUAGGUCAAGGAUGGUACAAUCGGCAACAGUGGGCCAUUGGUUUAGGUGCACGUACUGAACUUUCCGAUCAAUACGGUCCGCCCCGUGUGCUGAUGCAAUUAAACCUAAACUAUACAGACGAUACUAGUCAGUCCGUUGUCACCGACUCAUCCUGGUUAGGUAGAGAAGGUGAACAUCGCUAUGAUUCCGUAUAUAUGGGCACAACAAUGGAUUUACGAGUAGUGCGUUCUUGCUGGUCAUGUGCCAAUUUCACUGAUCCAUAUCCAUUAUGGAUCAAUGCUUCCAUUCUGCCAUCACCAGUGAAUUUUACGGCCGGUGGUCACUUGUCCUUACAAACCAUGGAUCCCAUUCGAAUUGGUCCCGAUGCACUGCAUAUUGCUACCUCAGGUCGGUCGGGUCUCGUCACGGGAGUCAACGGUGUUAGUGUCACUGAUGGUGGCGUGAUCAAGCCUAUUUCAAAAGAUUCUGUCAAUGGCCAAGUAUUCGAUCUUGGUCAAAAUUUCGCCGGCUGGUGUAAAUUGACCUCACUUAAGGCUGCUAAAUCCACUAUCAUCCAAUUACGCUACGCGGAAUUGCGAUACUCAAGCGGUGAAAACGGUAUUGAUUUUAAAGGAUUAUAUUAUGAAAAUUUGCAAAGUAUUGCUGUGAUGGAUACAGUAAUUUUGAAUGGAACGGGCAAUGAAACUUUUGAACCCUUGUUUACUUAUCAUGGUUUCCGAUAUCUACUGGUCAAUGGUUAUGAUAACAUCGACAAAGAUGAUGUCGAGUGUUACAAUGCACAUAGCGAAACAACUCUGAUCGGUAAUUUUACCAGUAGCAGCGUUGUACUUAAUCAAAUACAACAUAAUAUUCUCUGGUCUCAAUUGAGUAAUUCUAUGUCCCUGCCUACCGACUGCCCUCAACGAAAUGAGCGACGUGGAUGGAUGGGUGAUGCCGCGCUUAGCAUUGACGAAGUAUUGUACAAUUUCGAUUAUGUGAAUUUCUACCUGAACUUUUUGACCAUGAUUGCCGAUAAUCAAACACCUGACGGUGCAGUUAGUGAUACAGUGCCAUUCACGGUAGGUACCAGUCCUGCCGAUCCGAACUGGGGCACAGCAUAUGCAACUAUUACUUGGUACAUGUAUGAACACACUGGCGAUAGGACUAUCAUCGAAAAAUAUUAUGUGGGCAUUCAAGCAUGGAUCGAUUGUUUAACUGGUAAAUACGUACAGACAGGCUUGGCAAAUAUGUACUAUAACUAUGGUGAUUGGGCAGCAGUCCAGCAGACAAAAAAUGCUUCACUCGUGUCUUCUUAUGCUUUUCUACAAGAUGUACACACAUUUAUUAAUAUGAGUGAAAUUUUGAAUCGCACCGAUAAUGUUGAAAAAUACACACGGUUGUAUCAACGCUUAGCUGACGAAUUUCAUCGUGUCUUCUACAAUACGGCGGUAAGUGGAUAUACUGAUGGAAGUCAAACAGCUAAUAUACUUGCACUCGCCUUACCCAAUGUUGUACCAGCAUCACUUCGUACAACUGUACUCAGUUCACUGAUCAACAGUAUUCUGGCAACUGGCUAUUUCACUGGAGGUAUCGUCAGUAUAGCUGCCUUGUAUCCUCUUCUUUCCAACGAAGGAUAUCAUGAUCUAGCCUUAAAACUUGCUCUAUCUACCUCUUAUCCAUCUUAUGGUUAUAUGUUUCAUAAUGAUAUACAAAAUGCCACAACUACCUGGGAACAAUGGAAUACGCUGCCAACGCAAGCAGGAUCAUCUUUAAAUCAUCACAUGUUUAACAGCAUUGGAGCAUGGUUCUAUCAAUAUUUGGCAGGAAUCCAGUUGAAUGCGCUCAAUACGAUCAAAAUUCAUCCACGUAUACCGUAUGAUGCUAAUCUGUUGAACCAUAUUGAAGCAGAAGUGGUGACCAUUAAAGGGGCAGUUCGAGCGAAAUGGACGCGACUGUCAGUGGAGUCAGUGUCAUUGUCGGUGACCAUACCGAAUAAUGUAGAUGCAAUUGUCUCAUUUGACGCAUUGAUCAAGAAUGGGCGAUGCAUGAAACUCAUAUGUGACGAUGAGGUAUUUUGGAUGCGAGAAGUUAUGGAUAAUGAACUGAGAAUGCUGAAGAAUGUGCAUGGAGUGAGUGAAUUGACUGAAAAUCAGUCAACAGGUACAAUAUCAAUUAGAGUAGCAUCAGGAAAAUAUACAUUCAUUGCAUACUGGCAAUAA